GCCUGUUGCAGUGCAGGUUUCUCUCGCGGCUGAGCGAAACCCAAGAUGUUGGGGCGGUUCGCCGUCUCCCUAUUUCUUUUGCUGUUAGCAAGGGAAUUCAAUAGCACGGAUGGAUACGUGUUAUCUAUUCGGGAUGGAGGAAACAAAAGUUAUGUGACUGCUUGCGUCUCGGAUGAAACACCAAUCGCGUUCGUCAGAAAUUACCAAAGCGUUAACGACACCGUGACGGUAACUGUCGUGGACUUAAACGGCAAAAGUGUUCCACUUGCCGAUAACGAUUGCAACUUGGUGCAAGAAACAGGCUGCGGUAAGUGGAACCUCAAGGAAUGGAUCAAGGAAUGGAUCAAGGAAUCAAACAUAAAGGACUCGAUCGACCAAUAUCCAAUGGUCACCGACUACCGCUGGAAUGACUUGCCGGUUACCUUAACGAUGGAAGCAUUCAAGGAAAAAAUAAAGAUUUCAAAAUACCAUAAUUUCAAGAUGCAUUUUUCGAUUCUGGCAAACGACUCGGCGCAGUUCCUUUUCACGAACGAUUCAACUUUAAAUAGCGGACUCAAUGCUGUUAUUGACGGAUGGGCAGAUGAUCAUAAGUCUGUGCUCCGUAAUUGCCCAAAAAUUAAUGGUUCCAAAGUAGAUACAAGUGGAGUUAUUUAUGCAUCUUGUGAUAAAAAUAGCCUGGUUGAAAAAAAGGGCUCUGAUGUUCUCCACGCAGGGCGGAAAUGGGCACAUGCCACACUAGAAAUACAAUUCGACAAAUCAAAUGAAAACUAUUCUAUUGAUUUAGGGGAACACAUUAUUAAGAUUUCUUUACAAACAGCAAGCGCCAAACUAGGGGACAACGAUAAUUAUGUUUCAAUUAGGAGUACAAGAAGUAGCAGAGGUCUUUUCAAAACACAUAAGUAUUUCAUCAUUCGACCAAACAAUGCUUCAAGUACAAUGGAAGUGCAACUGAAGAAAGAUUCGACCAGCGCGUUUUGCGUAGACGCCGUGUUUUUAACAAAUGAACGCAUUAAUUUGGGCAACAAAAUAUUCUCCGUUGAACUCUUGGAUGCAAAAGGAACAAAGAAAUUUGAUGAAAGAGUGAGCUCAAUGGAUAAUUAUUUUAAAUGGACCACGGUGCGAUUUGGAAAUAAGGAUAUCACACCGAAAAAAGGCUGGAAAAUUAAACUGACUGCCUAUGAUAAAUCACUUGUCAUUGGAGGGGUGAAAUUCUGCAAAGAAGGAGAAUUGGUUACUAAAACAAAUAUGAAGUAUGUGGAUAAUUGCUAUUCAUUGGAGAAACGAGCGCAAACCCAAAUUCCAAACACAACUCAUUUCAACGAACUUUUGUACAAACUCGGGAAUUGCAAAGAAAAUGGAGGAAAAUGUUCUGGAGACAAACUGUGCUACAGCAAGGAAAAUUGCACAUGCUUUGCUGGAUACAAGGGGACUGACUGCACAGAACGAUGCACUGGGGACAAAUUUGGCAUAAUGUGUUCUUAUACCAACAACCGAACAUGUUUGAACGGUAGUUUCUCUCCAGUAAACGGAAGCUGUCUAAAUGGUUGCGCCAUAGGAUACGUCUACCCUGAGUGCCAUAAAAAAAUUCAAACUGCGACUCCGAAAGUUAAAAGCCAUGGAUAUGACACAGUUGCUCUGGAUUUACUCGCAAGUUUGAAUGGAACAGUUAACAUCAGCCAAAUUUUGAUUCAAUAUAAAAUUAGCUCGCAAUCAGACUGGAAUAAUAAGAGCAUAAAUGUUCCGAAUGAAUUAAACGAGUGCUCAAUCUCGAACUUGAAUCCAAAAACAGAGUACACCAUAAGAUUUACCCUUUUUGAAAGUGAUGUGAUGCAACAUCCUCAAAAUUUUCUACCUGGAAAUAAUUCAACAUUUACUACUAAGUGCAAGCCUCUUGACUCCACAGCCUUAAAGGUUCGAGCUGUCAAUAGCAGUGCGUUUUCAAUUCACUUGUCAGAUGGUGAUGUUCUGUGCACGCCAAUAUAUUUAACGGUGGUCCACAAUGCAACUGUGAUAGUAAACCAAACCGAGAAUAAAGGAGAUUUUACGAAAGUUGUCGACAACUGCAAUUGCGGAGUGCACAGUAUUACCGUCUAUUAUUUUGUGAACAUGUCAUCAUCAUCUUUGCAUGAAAAUUUUACAUGCUCCAACUGCCCAACUCAAGAUAAAUUAGGAAACAUUUCGUCAUCGCUCACCCCAAUCGCAACCGUUUUGGCAGUUCUAGCCGUGCUCACUGGACUCGGAGUUUGGUUCUAUUUAAAAAAAUGGAAGAACAUUCAGCCUCCAAACCAAAUAUCCUCUGUGCAAUUUUCAAACAACUCAGCAAUUUUACGUAACGAGAUGCUGCCGAAUCAAACAGGAGCAAACCAAUUCACCGAUGAUAAUACAGAAAUGCCAAUAGAUUCAAGCUCAACUAACGUUGAAAGAUACUUGCAGAAGGCCCUUACAUUCAACCUCAAGAAAGAGUUCGAGAAAUUUCCACGCGGUCAAACCCAGUCAUGGGACUGCGGCACCAAAUCUCAAAAUAAGAAAAAGAAUCGCUACGGUAACUUGGCCGCCUAUGAUUGUUCUCGGGUUGUACUCGACCUUCUUCCCGGUGACGAAAACUCUGAUUACAUCAACGCCAACUACGUGGAUGGAUUUGAACGACCGAAGGCUUACAUUGCUACUCAAGGACCGAAAUUAUCUACCGUUAACGACUUCUGGAGAAUGAUUUGGCAGGAAAACAUUUCUUUAAUUGUUAUGGUGACAAAUCUUGUGGAAGAUGGCAAGAUAAAGUGUGAAAAAUACUGGCCCGACAUCAACAGGGAAGAAAAUUACGGCACCGUAGCUGUUCGCUCUGUCAACGAGGAAAUAAACGCCGACUACGUAACUAGGACUUUAUCAUUCUCAAGCGAUAAUGUGAACCGACUCGUCCAACAAUUGCACUACACGAGCUGGCCUGACCAUGGAGUGCCUCUUUAUCCGCAGUCGAUGGCUCUUUUCAUCGAUAAAAUUAUCCAACACAAGAACAAAAAUCCGAUAUUAAUCCACUGCAGUGCUGGAGUUGGGAGAACUGGCACAAUUAUUUUAAUUGAUGCUUGCCUUCGAAUGUUUCGUUCGCACAAUCGUAUUGAUGUAUUGAGCAUAUUCGGUCAAAUGAGGUCUCAACGAGUCAAUUUGGUUGAUAAUUUGGCACAAUUCGAGUUCGUCCAUUUGGUGCUCUUGGAGAUCAUUGCGAAUCCCAAGUUUGAAAUUAGCUGUGCUAAUUUUUAUGAGGAAUAUUGCAAGUUAAUGUCGAACAGUGAAAAGCUCAAGGAGAGCUUCGCAAAAGUUGAGAUGAUUUGCGAAAAGGAUUUUCAAAGAUUGGAAACACCUGCCAGAAACGAAACGGACAAAUGCAGAUAUCCGGAUUUCAUAGCCUCGUCUAACGCGAUCGUAAAACUUUUCCCUUACGAGAAUGUCGUGACCAUGAGUUUUAUCAACGCCGUUAUCGUCGACGGAUACAACAGAGCGAAGCAAUUUAUCGCCACUCAAGUGCCGAUGAAAAACACUGUUGCGGAUUUUUGGAGAUUGAUCGAUCAGUUCAACGUGAAGCAAAUCGUUGUGCUCACCGAGCCGCACAUUUCAGACGGCGAUUUUCUUCCAACCAAGCAACGCAGAUUCGCUUUCGGUGCUAUACAAGUUACCUUGGCUGAUGCUGAAGAUGAUAAUAACAUUAGAACCUUGGACAUCGAGCUUCAUUCCAAAGGAAAAUGCAAAAAAGUGCGCGUCAUGUGCGCCUCAUUUGGCUGGAUGCCGCAACAAGCUGCUCCGCCAAUCUUGCAACCCUUCAUCGACCUUUGGGGCACUUUGAAAACGGCCCAUGAGAAAGAUAGCAUCACCAUUGUCUGCCAUGACGGGGUGACUGCCAGCGGGCUUUUCCUCGCCAUGGGCUUCGUCAUCGAGAAAAUUAAGCUGGAGCAGAAGGUUGAUGUUGGGCUUGCAGUGCGAACCCUGAGAAAGUCGAGACCUUCCUUUGUUUCCUCAGAAAUCCAGUUUGGGCUCGUGUACGAAGCCGCCAAGCAAUAUUUGAACUCGUUUGACACCUACGGUAACUUCAAAUGAAGAAGAUGAUAAUUUAAAACCGUUCGCAUUCGAAGAUAAAUCAAUAAAACAAGUGAUAUUUUUAAGUCUUAACCCAAUAUCUAUAGAGAAAUUGCUACAAUUAAUAUUAUGCAGUAGCAAAUCACUAGAUGCCUUUUUAUCAGUUCUAUUAUUUAAUCAUAUAAUAAUUAAUGAUAUGAAAAUAAUCGUGUAUUAAUCACAGUAAGGCAAUAGUUAUUAUUAAAUAGAAGAGAAGAUAUGGUGUGAAAAAUGUCAAUAAUAUGUUUAUUAAUAAGAUAAUUAAGUUAUUAAAGCAAUACCUCAUUGAAAAUGGAAUUUCAUUCAACCGAAUAAAUAAAAAAUAAUAGAAAUUAGCGUGCACCAACCUAAUCAAGAAAAAACUCGUUGGGUUGCGGCCAUUCUAUAAUAAUCUCACACUUUCACUGGGAAGGAAACUGUUCCGCUCUGGGUUACUUAGAAGCAGGUUGCAUAUCCGUCUAGCACUUGUAGUGAACAAGUGAGUCUGUAUGAAUCAACACUCUGUUGCCGAGUUCAAUAUAAUGACCGUAAAGCCGCUGCUUUGAUAGCUAGGGUGCACGCAAACCAGGAAGAAAAAUGCGUGACUGUGCUCAGAC